AUGGUAGAGCCUACUACUAUUAACUUACAUGAGAAAGUCAGCUCACAUAAGUCAAAUGAUCAAUUAGCUGUUGAUACAUCAUCAGCAGAAUCAGUUCAAUUAACUUCAUCUAAUAAAGAUAAGGAGUUUAAUAAAUCAUCAAGACCAAUUGGUAAAACUCCGGAUGGUGAAACUUUUGAGGUCCCAGAGACCCAUGAUAUGGUAAGAUCAUUGUUUGAUCCAACUUUAAGGAAAUCAUAUGCUGAAAUCAUUAUUGGUUUAUGUCUUGCUUCAAAUUUUCUGAUUUAUAGAUGGUUAGACACUAAAGAAAACAGGAUCUAUGGGUUCGUUGCUCUUUAUACUUUCUGGAGAUUGGCUUACAACUUUGGUAUUGGGGUUGUGUUAUAUUAUCAAUCCAAUUAUACUUCAUUAACGAAAUUUGCUAAAGAUCAUGGACUUUUCAAAUCUUCAACAAACUCCAAAACUUUAUUGCAGAAAUUGGCUCAAUUAGAAUUAAAAUCCAAAAUGGGUAAAUCAUAUGAUAUUGAAGCUUUUCCAGAUGAAUUUAAUACUUGGUUACUAUUUAGACAAUUUGUUGAUUUGGUUUUGAUGCAAGAUUUUACAACUUAUAUGUUUUUAGUUUAUACCGCUGGUACUGAUAAUUGGUUAUCUCAAAGCACAUUCUUGAAUAGCACCAGAUUAAUUUUAGGAUCAUUAUUAGUCGGUUUUAACUUGUGGGUUAAAUUAGAUGCUCAUAAAGUUGUUAAAGAUUUUGCUUGGUACUGGGGUGAUUUCUUUUUCCUUGAAGAAGCAGAAUUGGUUUUCACUGGCUCUUAUAAUUUAGCUCCACAUCCAAUGUAUUCAAUUGGGUAUCUUGGUUAUUAUGGGUUUGCAUUAAUUACCAAAUCAUAUUUAAUCUUGAUUGUUUCUCUAGCUGCACAUUUUUUGCAAUUUGUGUUCUUGACAUAUGUUGAAAAUCCUCAUAUGGAUAAGAUUUAUGGAUCAGAAUCAUUUGAUGAUACUAUUGGUGAAUUAGAAUCUCAUGAAUCUUAUUUAAAACCAUUGAUUGUAUUUGGAAAUUUCAAUCCUAUUAGAAUUACUGAUUAUUUAACCAUCUUAGCUGCUGCUUAUACAAUAGUUGCUCCAUUGACCAUUCACACUUUUGAUGAACUAUGGACUCGAAUUUUCUUUAUUGGUGCUCUUGUAAUAAAGCUUACACAAUCUUUUGGUAUGGGAUUCAUUUUACACAAACAAAGUGUAAAUAAAUGGUGGACUAAGUUAUACUUGAAACAUGGUUUAGAUAACGUUGCUGCUUUUUCAAAUUGGCAAUCAGUAUACAAUUUAUCAUUAGUGCUAUCUUAUAGUUCAUUAUUUGGUGUUGCAGCUCGUGAAAUUUUAAAUGGUCAACAUUAUCAAGGAACUUGGUUAUUAUUGAGAUUCAUUUUGGGUGGAUUAUUAGUUCUUCUACAAAUUUGGACUAGUCGCUCAAUUUUCCAAUCUAUUGGAACAUUUGGUUGGUUUUAUGGUGAUUUCUUCUUACCUAAAUUAUCAAAUAGAAACUUGACAAACUCUGGUAUUUAUAGAUAUUUAAACGAUCCUGAAAGAUUAUUGGGUAUAAGUGGUAUUUGGGGUCUGACUUUAAUCACAUAUUCACCUUUGGUGUUUAUUUUAGCUAUGUUAUGGACUGCACAUGUUACUUUGUUCAUCACUUUUGUUGAGAAACCUCAUAUGAUCAAAGUUUAUGGUGAACAGCAAGUUUUGAAAAACGUUUCUGGUGUCUCGUUAACUAUUAAACAAAUGAUGCCUGAACGAGUAAAUAACACUAUAGAUUCACUUUACAACAGAACUUUCAACAAAUUUGAUGACUAUUUAAAGAAGAAGAGAUCACAAUCUGAAUCUGUCAGUCACAGAAACGCUUUAAGACCUAUUAUUCAACAACAGCAACAUCCAUCUUUGACUUCAGAUUAUAAAGUUGAAAUUACAAACCUUGAUAUAGAUUCCACAAUUGAAGUUGGUAAGCCACUUGAAGUUACGUGGAGAGCACCAAAAUAUCAUUCAAAGAAAGAUUGGAUUGGUCUAUACAAUGUCAUUAGCUCUGGAAGCUCAAGAAAGAAGACAUCAAUCCCAAGCUCUGGGAGAUGGGUUGCAAUCAACAAAGAAGGUUAUGAUAGACCAGUUGGUAUUAUAAGUGAAGGUUCAGAAAUUGAUAAAGAGUCACUUUUAGGUGCUGUGCAAUUUUCUGGUAACUUGUUAAGUUUUGAGAAAGGUGUUUAUGAAUUGAGAUAUCAUGCAAGUUCAUCACAUUCAGUUUUAGCCAUAUCACAACCUUUUGAAAUUGUUGUUCCUCCACUUAAUGUUAAUUCCUCUAAUUUUACUGAAUCUCUUUUUAAUUUGAUUCAAAGAGUGGAACCAUCUAUAAAGAGUAUUACUGAACCAUUGAACUUCAAAAAUACUAGUCCUGGAUUAAUCAGUCAAUUGGCUUCAGAUUCUACCAAUAUUGAUAUUGCACCAGAUUUUGUUUUGAAAUUGAAAACAGUUUCAAACAUUGCAGAGAGAAUCAAAAAGUCUAAAAGAAUUCUUGAUGAAUUGAAUAGUGAUCUUUGA